GGCCAAAGCAGUGAAUGAUUUCAAAAAAGGGGUUAACUAUAAUUCUUGGGGCUAAAUGGAUCAAAGGACAUGGGGAGAAAGUGGGAAAAGGGUAUGGAGUUGGAUGAUCAGUACAAUCAUAUGGAAUGGCGAAGCAGGCUCGAAGGGCUGAAUGGCCUUCUCCUCCUCUUAUUUUCAUGUUCUAUGACCAGGGGCAUAAUCUCAGAGCAAGGAGUCACACAUUUCAGAGGAAUUUCUUCUCCAAGGCGAAAAUGGUUCUUCACCACAGCGGGCUGUCAAGACUGGCUCAUUAAAUAUAUUUAAGGCUGAGAUAGACAAAGUUAGCCUGGGAAUGAAAAGUUAAUGGGAAAAGGUAAGAACAUGGAGUUGGGGAUUAUCAGACCAUACAUGAUCUCAUUGAAUGGCAGAGGUGAUCUGAUGAGCUGAGUCGCCGACGUCAGUUCCUUUUGAUCUUAUUUCAGAAGCUGUUUUAAACAGCAGCACAGAGAGAAGGACAACUGAGUUCUUUUCCCACAAGACAUUGAAGUUUUUCUCUCCUGUUUCUCUCAGAAGACAACAUACUGGUGAAAAAGCAAAUUGUGGAAACAACUGGUCAAUGAGAACUCAAGAGUAUCUACAAACAUUGUCACAGAUGAAAAAACACUAAAUAACCGUGCUAUCGUCUUAAACGUCUAAUAUAUUAAGAUCAUUUAAACUGCCUCGUCGUGAACUCCCUAUGAAUUGAAACAUGAUCACUACAGGCUCAAAAUAAUUUGUUGGAACUGACUGACAGGGGGGUUAAAGGGAUGCGAGUCCCAAACGCUUUUUCACCUGCUCGCAACAUAUCGUACACACAAUUAACAUUCAGACUGUAAUUGAUAUGUACUUGAAAGUCUUUGCUAACUGCUGCUGUGAACACGAUGACAAUAAAACCCCUGCGUGAUUUGAAGCUGAAGAAAGAAACGCCAUCAACCAUCUGACCUGAAGAUUAGAUCGAAACCUGUCAGCUCAGACUCCCCGAGGAGUUCAUAUCGAUUGUUCAUGUUUGUGAAGGAACAGCAAUUGAAUUGGAAUAAAGCCAGUUACAUUCAGUCAUAUCUUAAAUGCACAUAUUCAAACACACCAAUAUAAGCCAAGCACAUUUCACAGGAGCGAGAUUGUUUACUGUAAUAAAAUCUUCCCGGAUUCCCUUCUGAAACUUUUUUUUUAAGAGUGAGGGCUGAAGUUCCGGCUGGGAACAAAGCUUCUUUUACUGACGCCUGAACCUGACACGGAAAGCCUGAACCGAAAGCUGUUUUUAAUCUGUGUAGCGCCUCGGUAUUUCCUUAUUUUGUUUUUUCGAAACAAGGCAACUUGCCACACUGUGAAGCAGCCUGCACAGCCAGGCCUACCAGAAACAGGGCUUAUUGUUAUACUCGCAUCAAAAAGCGAAGAUGUGGGAUUCACCGAGAUAGAGGGACGCUGUCUGUUACUUAACGUUCCAGCCUUGGAGACAUAACUUAAAGGAAAACAUUUCUGCCCAUUUGUAUCUCGAGGCGGGAACACAAGCACACGGAGUUGUUGAAUGCGAUUAACUUCAUGUCUACAUUUUUAACUGCAGCUUGAUAUGAAUGCAUCAUCACACAGUCCAGUCACAGCUCGACGAGAAGCUGACAGUGGUUCAGAGCUGAUCUGACGAACUCCGAAUUUUAAUUAGAGUCGGUUCGUCAACGGCUCUACCCCCCACCCCCCCCAGUCAACCCCACCCCGUUCCAGUUUGCAGCUAAGUGCUGAUGAGUCGGGAGUCCUUUUGAUAACGCAAGCUCGCGUUGCCAUCUCUGCCUUUCUCACUCCAUCCCCCGCGGGCUGUGCAGAUAUUCUCGCCAGAGUGCCACAUUCCCCCGCGCACAGCUUUAAGGCAUGGACUCGCCAGCUUCUGAUCCCUCCCCUGCUGCCACAAACCAGGCGGUUACUGAAGCCAGGGACGGCCAGUUCGCCCCGGCAUCUGGGCAGCAGAAAGAGAGGCGCAAGAUGGACAGAGACACCGAGAUGAGAAUCAGUGAAAGCGCGCAGUUCGGCGAUACAGUGGAGAACCGAGGUUUACUGGAAAGCAGCCAAAAGCUGAAACCCCAUGAAGCUCAGAGCUACCGCAAGAAGGCGUUGUGGGUGUCCUGGAUCUCAAUUCUUAUCACUCUGUCCCUGGCUGUGGUAGCCUUCACUGUUUCUGUCAUGCGACACAGUGCAUCAUCCUUUGGAUUUGCAUUUGAUGCUACGUUGGAUGUGUUGUCUUCUGCAAUAGUGCUGUGGCGUUACAGCAAUGCAGCCGCUGUGCACUCUGCCCAUCGGGAGAAUAUAGCUUGUGCCAUUUUGGGUGUUAUAUUUCUUAUUUCAACUCUCUGCAUUUAUGGUAAAGCUAUUCACGACCUUGCUACAAAGCUGCUUCCUGAAGUGGAUGAUUUCCUUUUUAGUGUUUCCAUCAUUAGUGGAAUACUCUGCAGUAUUCUGGCUGUGGUUAAGUUUAUGCUUGGUAGAAUCCUCACAAGCAAAGCCCUGAUAACUGAUGGUUUUAACUCCUUAGUUGGAGGCAUCAUGGCAUUUUCUAUACUGAUCAGUGCAGAAGUCUACAAUCAUAAUCCUGGUGUCUGGUAUUUGGACGGCACUAUAGGGAUUCUCAUUGGAAUGAUCAUCCUUGCAUAUGGAAUAAAGCUUCUGAUUGACACAGUGCCACGAAUAAAACAAACGCAUAAUUAUGAGAGCUUUGAAUGAUAGACGAAGAAAAUAUGCUGUGGUGGCUCAGUUCUACAGGAAUGAAGACUAAGAUUUGGAAUGAAUCAAUCAAGACAAUGGCAGUGACUGUAAAAAAAUGGUCACUGUCCUAUAUCCCAUUUAACAUCAAACCUAGUGGACUAAACUCAAAUGAUGCUAAACGUGGUGAACUUGAUAAUUUUAAAAGAUUGAAGAUGCACCUCUUUGUUAUGUAUUAUUUUUUCAGGAGCAAAGGGCAGAUUUUAACUAGUAGAUCACUCAUCAGAAAAACAUGCUAAGCAGUGGCCCAAUCUGCCAGGGGCAGGCCUGGUCACUUUUGAGGGCUGAAUGUCAUUAUCAGGAUGAAGCACAUGGCUUGCUGGUACUGGAUCAGACUGGACAGCUGGGCCCAAAACAACAUGACUGAUCUUGUGAAACCUAAAAUAGUACUCCUCUUUGUUGCUAAAGAACAUUAAACUUACCAUUUAGGAGCAUCUUCCAUUGCAUCAUUCAAUAAAUCUGGCUACAUAUGGAUUUUGUUAUGUUCUGCUUAGUUGUGCAUCAUUUACAAUCAAGCUAACAUAUUCAUCAAUUUGUACAUUGAAAGAGCAAUGUCUUGAAAUAACAAGUAUUUCAACUGGACAGAAGACUCCUCAAUAUAUGGUGGUGGCAAGUACUAGUGUAAAUGAGGUGGUAAUGGGAUACUGCUUCACGUAUUCUAAUUGAUCACAGUUAAAAUCUACUCUGUAAAGUUCAACAUACCUUAGGCAAUCAGAAUGAAAGUGGAACUAACACGCAAUAUUGAGGAGCGUUUAGAUUCUUUAUCACCUAUUUCAUACAUUAUAGGUCAGAUCUUCUGGUAGCAGGAGUGAAGAUGCACUUGAACCUACCCUCUCAGUGCAUGGUCAUUAUAUUGAGGAGAGGUUCAGAUGCAUAGUAAUUGCGUGGAAUAUAUAAAAUUACAGUGGGCAGAUUGUAUCACCCGAGACACUCCAUAUGUGCCAUACAUUGUUCCUUGGUAGUGCUGUGCAGCAAACAAAAGGGCAUUUGAGCUUCUGUGUUAUCUUCCACUAAAUUAUAUCCAGACUUCACUGAAAAUACCACUAUGAUCAUUAAUAUAAAUCCCAAAUUAGUGAUUUGCACAUAUCCUUAUCCUACACAUCCAUGGUCAUCACCUAUACAACUAGGUUUAAGAAUAGAAUUGGGUAUGAUGUAUUAAUACCAAAGUUCAUCCUAGUUUUUGCCUUUUCCUUAGUACUGAGCCAGUUAGCUGUGUGUGACCGUGUCUAAAUUGAAAUAAACUGGUCAAGGCCUUCAACAGGGAUGAGAACUGAAGAUCAUGGUAAAUGUAAUUUUUAAUAUAUCACUGCCACCCAAAAUAGAAGCUACAUGAUUUUUAGAAAUUUACAUUGUGAAGGCAGGCCACUAGAACAGUGGCUGCUAAUUCUUUUAUACAGCAAUCACCAACUAAUCUGUGUAAUUUUGUCCCAUUGCCUUGUAUAUGUUUAUGCUUUAAAAAGUUAUUAAAUGCUCCCUGAAAAACAAAGUGAGUCUUUGAUUCACCCUUGUGCUUUACAAAAAAGCAUUCAUAUCCUUAACUCUUACAUUACACUACAAUUUUCAGUUGAUAACCUUUCAGCAGUGCAAAUCAGAGGAAAUAAUCUGAAUCCAAAUAGGCUGACCGAGACACUCCAUAUGUGCCAUACAUUGUUCCUUGGUAGUGCUGUGCAUCAAACAAAAGGGCAUUUGAACUCCUGUAUCACCUUGUCAAAAUGAAAAGCUGAACAACAUUGAUACUAAGUGCUGUUUUGAGAUCUUGAGUACAACUUGACGUAAUACAUACAGCUAAAUGCAUAAGUAUGCACAUUUAUUCUGUUCACCAUGUUCAAUGAAUAAACAUCAUGUGCAGGUCCAAGAUAUUUGGUAUAAUAGCAGAGUAGAUAUUGAUCAGUUUUCCCCAUAAAUUGAUUGAUGUCUAUGUUGUAGUUAAUACACUUGUAUUGGUUUCAAGGUUGGUGUAAUAUUGGGCUGCUUAAUUUCAAAUAUAAUUUUUUCUAGCGGAAUACUACUUUGAUACAGAUAACAGUGAACUUUGAAAAUAAGUUAUUAAAAUAAAUCAGAUUAGCUAAAAGAUCUGAGUUGAUACUAGACAGAAAAAUUUCUCAAUGAUGAUUGAACAGUGCUGAUAUAUUGUUGACAUAAGAAAAUCAAUCAUUAUAUGCAAAAUUGGGCAGGAUUUAAGAGCAGCUUUAAAUGGCAAAACAGAUCUCCGCACUGAUAAUCAAGGUGUUAUGCUGUAACCAAGUCUAAAGAUAUUUUUAUUUGAAUGACAUGGAGUAGAUAUUUUAUUGAAUAUUUAGAAACAUUGAAAUUAACAAUUAAAAAUUAGAAAUGAAUACCUUUUCUAAAUAAGUCUUAGAAAUGUUUAUAAAAAGACAUUAUCUCCUCAAAUUCCAGUUAUGAAAAGAUAAAAUAUCUAAACUACAACAUAAAUCUGCAUUUAUACAGCACCUCUGAGCUCUACACUAGAGUGGGACCUUUUGAGAUGAGAAUGCUGCAACUGAGCCAUAGCCAGAACAUAUGAGAUGAUGUAUCACACAUUGCUAAUAUCAAAUUGAACAUAGACUGAAGUGGUGAAGUGAUACAAUAUUUAGUGGGAGAGAAAUGUCACAUCAAACCCUUAAGCCAAGUAAUUUCUGAAAUUUUUACAAGGUUAUAAAUCAAAGCAGAAUCAAAAAAUGCAAUCGAUUAAAUAAAUUACUUUCUUAUUCUUUCCAUCUUUGAUAAAGAUUUUGGUUGUUUUAUUUAUUUAAAGUUUAGGAAAUAUUGAGAACAUUCAUGGUUUGUUGUGCUCUUUUGACCAGCUCCAGCAUUUAGACUAGAGUUUAUGCCAUUGCAUGGUAAUAGUAUUGAGAUCCUCACUAUUUCUAUAUUUAUGCAGACAGAAUCGUUAUGAGCUUUAAUCAUCAAUAGUUAAGUUCUGGAGGUUAAAUUAUAGUCUUGCUACAAAACUCAGGGAAGGCCUGAUUUUAAGCAACAAGUUAGAAUAAUUACUUAUGGAAGUGUGAGCAUAGGGGUGGGAAUUUAUAUUUUUUGUCUGCACUUUGAUGGAAUCUUUACUGUAUUAGUUUAAUAUGUUGUAACGUGCUGCAAUUAAAAACAUAUGCAGCACAAUCUGUGCAUGAAAUGUGCUUCAAAUUCUUCAGUGAAAAGAUACAGCAUUUAACAAUAUUGAUGUUAAUUAAGAUAACUUAUGCUCCAAUAACUUUCUACUCUGUAUAUUUAUACAAGACAAUGUACAAACCAAUGGAAGAAAUUCUCUUCACUUAAAAGAUUUAUUAAAAAAUAAAGAUGUUUCCUGCUCAUCAAAA